GAGCCUCACUGUCUUCCACUAGAUUGGCGACUCAUUUCAGAAUCGGGUUCGCCUUGCUUAAUCACCUUUUCUGGCCAAACUUCCACUUUCAUUCUCUUUCUUUCAUUGCUUUGAUCAACCAACUCUCUCCUACUACUCUUUCCCAUGGCUUCCAGUACCUCCAUUAUCGUUUGGGGUUCUGGAGAAGAUGGGCAACUAGGAAUCGGAACAAACGAAGAGAAAGAAUGGGUAUGCGUUGUUAAAGCUCUUGAAUCUCAGAACCUCCGCUCUGUUGUUGCCGGUAGCCGAAACUCACUCGCUAUUUGUGAUGACGGCAAGUUGUUUACAUGGGGGUGGAACCAAAGGGGAACACUUGGGCACCCUCCAGAAACUAAGACUGAGAACGUACCGAGCCAGGUUAACGCUCUUGCCAAUGCUAAAAUUGUUCAGGCUGCUAUUGGUGGAUGGCAUUGUUUGGCUGUUGAUGAUCAAGGCCGUGCUUAUGCUUGGGGUGGAAAUGAGUAUGGACAGUGUGGUGAAGAACCGGAGCGGAAGGACGACACUGGUAAGCCUUUGAGACGGGAUAUCGUGAUUCCUCAGCGCUGUGCGCCAAAGCUUGUUGUCCGCCAGGUAGCUGCUGGAGGUACUCAUUCUGUAGUUCUUACUCGUGAAGGGCAUGUGUGGACAUGGGGUCAACCAUGGCCUCCUGGAGACAUAAAACAAAUUUCAAUUCCUGUGAGAGUACAAGGUCUGGAAGAAGUUAGGCUUAUUGCAGUUGGAGCUUUUCAUAAUUUGGCUCUCCAAGAAGAUGGUACUUUAUGGGCAUGGGGAAAUAAUGAAUACGGACAACUGGGAACAGGGGAUACCCAACCGAGAUCACAACCUAUUCCUGUCCAGGGGCUUUCUGGUCUCACUUUGGUUGAUAUUGCUGCUGGAGGAUGGCAUUCCACUGCACUUACAGAUGAAGGAGAGGUGUACGGUUGGGGACGAGGGGAACAUGGGAGACUUGGGUUUGGAGAUAAUGACAAGAGCAGUAAAAUGGUGCCACAGAGAGUUCAACUUCUAGCUGGGGAGGAUAUUGUUCAGGUAUCUUGCGGAGGCACUCACUCAGUCGCAUUAACUCGUGAUGGGCGCAUGUUUUCAUUUGGGCGAGGUGACCAUGGUCGGCUUGGAUAUGGAAGAAAGGUGACAACCGGUCAACCAAUGGAAGUUCCUAUAAACAUCCCUCCUCCGAGAAAUGCAAGUGGAAGUGAAGCCGAGGGACAUUGGAUAGCCAAAUAUGUUGCUUGUGGUGGACGCCAUACUCUGGCGAUAGUGGAAUGGAAGGUUGAUGAAUCAAAAGAGUGAUCAACUUAAUUGGUGGUAGAAAAACGUGUAUCAACAAGGCGUAAUAAACGUUGGAUCUUUUAUAACUAUACAAUCCAACGUCAACAUAUUACAUAAUCAAUACGGGAAGGAUUUUUUAACAGUAAA